AUGUCGACGAUCCUGAGGACGCUGCGCAAUCUGCGCCGGAUUGGACUGAAGGAAUAUGGCCACCAGAUGCAGUACAUUGGUAUGUUGUUUGGUUCCGUGGUGCAACUCCUUACUAACCUAGCGACUGCAGGCGAUACCAAAGCCGGAACCCUGAUUGGAGUCGACCGCUUCGGCAACAAAUUCUACGAGAACAUGGAGGAGGAGCUGCCCCUCCGGACACGAUGGGUCGACUACAAGGAGGUUGAAUACGAUGCCUCUCACAUUGAGCCUGGCUGGCACGCCUGGAUUUCCUACAUGGUCGACUCGCCCCCGACUGUCGACAAGGCCAUGCAGUCCGGUGUUCGCCCCUGGGAGCUGCCGGAACAUCGGCCCAACCAGACCCUCUCCCGGACUGCUUUCAAGACCUACUCGACCACCCGGCCCAAGUACGCUGCCUGGACUCCUACUGCUGCUCCGCGGUAA